CUCGCGGCUGCGACUCGGAGCGGUGAUAAGUCCGCUUCUGGAUUUCUAGCGUUCCUGCAGGAGGAGCACAUCUCAUGAAAAUGGCUGGGUUGGCAGUUCUUUUACCGGUUUUGAUCGCGAUAACAGCAGUGUUUGGAUUAGAUGCUGAUUUACAGGUUGAUCUGAUCAGAGAGUUGGAUUUGGCCAAUGCUACACAUGGAAUAAGCCAAACAGCAGGUCUUCACAACAGCAGCAAAUCCUUUCUGUUUCAAGAUGUCAGGAGAGCCGUUCAGGUUCCGUCCCAAAUCACAGAACAAAUCCUGGAGUUGCUGAGAAACAAAAAGGAGUUCACGUUCAUGGCAUCCAUCCAGCAGAAGGUGUCCACAUCUGGAGUUCUCUUCUCCAUCCACGAGUCUGAGCACAGCUACUUUGAACUAGAGAGUAGUGGACUUCGGGAGGAAAUGCGCUACAAGUACAGCCACAAAGGAAAACAGCGAUCGGAGACGUUCCCAUAUCGUCUAGCUGAUGGUCAGUGGCAUAAAAUUGCUCUGUCCAUUAGCGCCAGUCAUUUACUGCUUCACGUGGACUGUAACAGGAUAUACGAGAGAGAGAUAAACUCUUCUGAGAUGAAUUUGUCUGCAGAAAGUGGGAUUUGGCUCGGACAACGCAGCCACAGACAUGGACUCUUCAAGGGCUCCAUGCAGGAUGUCAAAUUAGUGUUUUCUUCAAACGGCUACAUGGUGCAGUGUCCCAGCCUCAAUCGCACGUGUCCAACAUGCAGUGAUUUUCUCAGCCUCGUGCAGGGAAUAAUGGAUCUGCAGGAGCUUUUGGCUAAAAUGACAUUGAAGCUAAACUACGCUGAGUCCAGACUGAGUCAGUUGGAAAGCUGUCACUGUGAAAGGACAUGCAGCAUCAACGAUGUUGUGUAUCGAGACAAAGAGCUCUGGACCGAACCAGAGAACUGCAGAACCUGCGCUUGCAUGAACGGCGCCGUCGAGUGUCGGAGGAUGUUUUGCCCGCCUGUGAACUGCUCGGAGGAUUCUCUUCCUGUUCACGUGAACGGGACGUGCUGUAAGAAAUGCAGAUCUAAGUGCUGGUACCUGGGCCGAGCGCUUUCAGAGGGUCAGCGUGUUUUCCUACAUAGCUGCAAAGAGUGCAAGAACGGUGUGAUGGAGCUGGUGAAUGAAAGCUGCCCAAAUCUCAACUGCACAAUAAAUGAACAGAUUCUGCCGGAGAACAGAUGCUGCAACGUUUGCAGAGGUCAUGAUUUCUGCGCAGAGGGACUUCUCUGUGGAGAAAACUCGCUUUGCAAAAACCGGAAUAACAAAGCGGAGUGCGAAUGUAAGAGCGGCUACACGGCGAUACAAGGAGAUUCAACCUACUGUGAAGAUAUAGACGAGUGUUCCACACAGAUGCACUACUGUCAGGCCAACACAGUGUGUGUUAAUCUACCUGGAGGACAUCGAUGUGACUGCCUUCCAGGAUUCUCCAGAGUGGACGACUUCUCCUGCACAGAGCGUGAUGAGUGUGUCAGCGGCCAGAGCUCGUGUGAUGAGAACGCCAUCUGCACCAACACCAUCCAUGGACACCUGUGCACCUGUAAGCCAGGGUUCAUGGGUAACGGCACCGCCUGCACAGCGGUUUGUAAGGACGUCUGUCUCAACGGAGGAACCUGUGCGUCUCCCAACACAUGUGUGUGUCCUUCAGGCUUCACUGGACGCCUCUGUGACACGGAUGUAGAUGAGUGUGUGGAAGGUCUCACUCGGUGCCACACACACUCCCUGUGUGCCAAUCUUCCCGGAUGGUACCACUGCCAGUGUCGGAGCGGUUUCCAUGACGACGGCUCUCACCUGCCCGACGGCAGCUCCUGCGUGGAUAUUGACGAGUGUGCCUUGCACACACACACCUGCUGGAACGACUCGGUGUGUGUGAACCUGCCAGGAACCUUCGACUGUGUGUGUGUGAACGGCCCAGAAUGCACCGGGGACUGCGUACAAGGUGAAGAGCUAAAACACAACGGACAUGAGUGGAGCCUCGGCCAAGAUCACUGCACUGUGUGCACCUGUAAGGACGGGAGAGUGUUCUGCAGACGGAGAGUGUGUGACUGCACCGCUCCUGACCUGGAUCUGUCCUGCUGUCCGGAGUGUGACACGCGCCUGAGCAGUCAGUGUGUUCAUCAGAACGGAUACACACUUUACCACAGUGGAGAAUCCUGGAUCUAUAACUGCCAGCAAUGUCGAUGCCUGGAGGGAGAGGUGGAGUGUGUAUCCCUCUCUUGUCCUGUCCUGUUGUGUAAUCACUCGAGCGUGUUGGAGGGGGAGUGUUGUCCUCGAUGCAUUUCUGACCCCUGUACCGACGACACCAUGACCUCUGACCCUAGGCAGACAUGUCGCGACCCUGCCGGCAUCACACAUCUCAGUGGCGCCAUGUGGAGCGAUCCCAGUGCACCAUGCACCACCUGCACAUGCAAGAACGGGAAAAUCUGCUGCUCCGUCGAUUUGGACUGCGUCCAGGACGAUUAACCGCCUCGCCUUUUCAUCAAGCUCCUCGUGGACCAGAUGGAGUUUCUUGCGAUGCUGUUUUAACGCUCCUCUGACACUGACCAUCCGGUGGACGAUGACAUCCCGGGUUCAUCUCAGCGGCAUUUCACCCGACCUGACAAACACUGCAACCUGCAAUACUGUACACGUCACUGUAUCCCCCCACCCCACCCCACCCUGGCGGAAA